CAUACAAAUGAGUUUUGUAACUUUGAGAGAAUAACAUCACUGGUCAAACACCACAUCCCUGCUGCAAAAAAAUCAGGACAACAUGAGAAUGAGCUGAGCUAUACCCUGCCUUUACAAAAUGUGGAUAAAUUUUCAGAUUUGUUCAGUGAUAUGGAUCAUCAGACAAACCUAGGGCUCAUUAAUUAUGGAGUUACCAUGACGACUUUGGAAGAUGUCUUCUUGAGGCUAGAAGGAAAUGAAAAUAUAAAGGAAGAAGAUUAUGGAAUUCUUCAUGGAGGGGAAAUGGCAGGAAAGGAUGAAACGGAACAGGAUCAGCUGUUGCUCUCAGACACGGGAAAGGUGACCGUGAAAGGCACAGAGCUCUGGAGGCAGCAAGUUUAUGCCAUUGCAAGAAUGCACUUUCUAAACCUCAAGAGGGAGAGCAAAAUCUGGGGAACCUUGCUGCUACUUACUGGAGUUAUAUUAGCACCUUAUAUUAUCGAAUUUAUAACCUACUAUGUUUGGUUGAAUCUUCAAUAUGAAGAGAUUCAUCCUGGGCUUUAUUUUGAGCCAGGGAAACAGUUUUUCAGAGGGACAUCAGGACUUCUGGUCCUUAAUAAUACAGGUGGAAAAAUCGAUAAUUUUAUCCAGGCACUGAAGAGUCAAAACAUCUUGAUGGACGUCAUCUCUGGUGACAUAGUUAGUGACCAGCUGGUUCACAAUGGGGCCAUCAAAGUAGACCUUGAAAACAAGAAAUACAGGUUCACACUUAUGUGCCAUAUGGAGAUAACUAACUGCUAUCCUGUGCUUGUCAACAUAAUCAGCAAUGCAUUUCUGCAUAUGUUUAAUUCUACUGCCCAUCUUCGAACCUGGAGUCAUGUAUUUACCGAAGUAAGUGUUCCAGAGGAAUAUCAAAUGAAGGGUUUUU